CGUCCACCGGAAGUGCUUUACCACUGCGUCAAGCUUCGCACUUAUUAUUUCACACUAGUUUCUGUGUCAUGACUUUAGCUCCGAGUUGCGUUUUAAAACUCCAAAAUGCGGCGCUACAUUCGUGCACUAAUGCUGUGCACAGUGUUUGCCGUGUUUUCGGGUGUGUAUGUUUACAGUAAACUCUUUUACUCGGACGUGUCGCUCGGGGGAAACGGACCGAGAGGUUUCAUCCCACAGAGAGUCCCCGGAAUCAGGCGAGGAGCCGUGGACAAAACCGGGCCCCAAAGCCCACACUGGUACAAUAGGUACAUCAUGCGACAGCGGGGUCAGGUGGAGGCAGGGGGGGGCCGCGUCCAGCCUGAAGCCCCCAUGCACCUGGCUGUGGUGGCCUGUGGGGAGAGGCUGGAAGAGACCGUCACCAUGAUCAAGUCGGCGGUAAUCUUCAGCAUCAAACACCUCCAGGUGCACAUCUUCGCUGAGGAUCAGCUGCACGCCAGUUUCAUGGAAGCUCUGGAGUCGUGGCCAGGUGUCAUUCGCUCCAGGUUCAACUACACCGUGUACUCCAUCAGCUUCCCCAGUGAGAACGCAGCCGAGUGGAAGAAGCUCUUCAAACCCUGCGCUUCUCAGAGGCUCUUCUUACCCCUGAUCCUGAAGGACGUGGACUCGGUCGUGUACGUGGACUCGGACAUCCUCUUCCUGCAGCCUGUAGACCGCCUGUGGGCCUUCCUGUCCCGCUUUAACUCCUCCCAGAUGGCUGCCAUGGCCCCGGAGCACGAGGAGCCUCGGAUCGCCUGGUACAACCGCUUCGCCCGCCACCCUUACUACGGCAAGACGGGCAUCAACUCCGGGGUCAUGCUCAUGAACAUGACCAGGAUGAGGAACAUGUUCUUUAAGAAUGACAUGACCUCUGUGGGGCUGCGCUGGGAGGAGCUGCUGAUGCCUCUACUUCAGAAAUACAAACUCAACAUAACGUGGGGGGACCAGGACCUUCUCAAUAUCAUUUUCCACCACAACCCGGAGUGUUUGCUGGAGUUUCCCUGCAUGUGGAAUUACCGCCCUGAUCACUGCAUCUACGGCAGUAACUGUGCGUCAGCGGAAGAGGAGGGUGUCUACAUACUGCACGGAAACAGAGGGGUGUACCACGACCACAAACAACCCGCCUUCAGGGCCGUGUACGAAGCCAUACGAAAGUACCCUUUCGGCGCCGACCCAGUGACGUCUUUGUUGGAUCCGUUGGAGGCGGAGCUGUUGACGACGACACACACCUACUGCGGUAAAUCCCACCCGAUCCUCACCAAGAGGCUGGCACACAGUCUGGCCUACAUCAACAGGAAGUCCCCCGGCGGACGGUGACAGCUCACUCACAACGAUGGGAGAAAAGAGGGAACUGUGGCGACAGGACUGGACGUACAAACCCGUCCUUGAGUAAGACACUGGACGCUCAACCCUGCUUUGAAUGAUGUACGGUACAACCACUACCUGGCUAAAUGUUCAUCAAGGGCCUGUGUCCACAUAGCGCGCCCCAACAUGUGUUACUGUUUUUAAUGCAAAGAUAUCCCCGCAACGUACCGCCGCUGUUGUAAGACGGACUCGCUUCCCCCCUUUUGGAUUGCAUCAUCUGUUUCUGCUACUAUCUAUUUGUUUGGCUUUCUUUGUUCACCAUGGGCAGCAACCAGGUGACUAUUGCUCUUACGCUUUCACCGCUCGAUCUGACGGACAUUAAACGACGGAGGAGGAAAAUAGAAGUCUUAUCGUUAGCAACAUGCGGGGUCCGCCUGGCCGAUCUGCGCCAACGAACAGGCUUUUGCUUUUUGGUGUGACAUUCAAAACAAACUUUCUAUCCAAACUCUACAGCGACGUCAGCAGCGCUUCUCUGAAAAGUCUUCCACUCGAUUGGCAAAACCCUCUGAAAAACGACCCUAGCAUUUAGAAAGGAGCUAUGUGGACACAGAUCCCUAACAAUGAACCUGAGUUGUCCUAAAAUGCAUCGUGGACGACUAAAGAGUGGAGUAAACGCUCCAUGUUGGGUUUGUCUCAAAGUGAGACUUAUACUGCUGUCUCUUUGUAAAUUGCUCUGGAUUAGAGCGUGAUGUAAAUGACUCAAGUCUACUUUAAGUGUUGCAAAGUCCGCUUAUUUACUACUACUGAUGGAUUCUGUUCCUCCAGGUGUUUUUAUUGCAUAUUCUUUGGGUCUCUUCCCUGUAACUCCUCUCAGUGCCUUUGGUAAAGGUGAAUAAUCUUCAUGUUGCAAAAGAUCUGAAGAGUAGCUCUUGACUUUCCAUAUUGGAGAAUUUAUUGAACCCUGUGAAACACUGUUAAUAAAAGAGACAAAGGAGUAAUGUGAGAACUGGAAAAGGCUCUCAGUGACGCCUCGUGUUAUGCACUGGAACACUUUCUCAACCUUCUCCAACAACUCCAGUGUCAACGAGAUGGGUUCCAGAGGACAUGCGUGGAAUAAUAAUGAGAGCCGUUUCUGAGUUUAUCUAAUGGGAUUAUAGAAAUGGAAUUGGUCAGUAUAUAUGAUUUUCUUCAGGUACAGAUCCUCUAUCACAGUAAAUAUGUGUCCUAUUCUAUGUUAUUUUAUCUGUUACACGGGUCAUCUUGACCUCACCCAUGUGUCUUUUUUAUUU